AGAGUCUGCGUAGGGUAAAUAGAGUCUGUACACUCUAUUCAUUCAAUCAAGCGACUCGUCGAGAGUGCAAGGAAUUCAUUUCGGAAGAAGAUUUUUGUGUUAAGAAAACAGGAAAUUUAAUUGAAAUAUUCCCAUUUUUCUCCCUUCAAGCAAUAAAAAUUUUGCAGCAGAAACUGCAGAAUAUCAAUAGUGAGUGGUGAUGGUGAAAAAUUCUGCAAGUUCAAAGGCGGAAAAGUGAUAAUUGAACGUUAUGAAAUGACCAGCACCAAGUGAUUGGAAUGAGGAGGAGAAUUUUCAAGUGAAUCUUCUGUGAUAAAGCAAAAGUGUGUGAAUUUAUUUUUAAAAUCAACAUCCAAUAGGAAUCUCCAAGCUCAAUAAUCCUGGAUACGUGAAUAACUCAGCAUAUCAAUUGUUACAAUGAUGGUCUCACAGUUCACGAAAUCUCUUCGCGGCACCAUUAUCGUCUUCUUGGUGCUGCUGAUAAAUGUCGCCCGUCCGGAAGUCUUUACAGCCCUUGUGGAGAUGGAAGAACUGCUGGAGACGGAAGCUGUUCUCAUAACGAACUUGGAGGAAUACAUUAGGGCCCAGGAGGAGAAGUUGCAGUUCCUGAAAAAGAAAGCAGCAGAAUACCAAAGUGAGCACAACGAAGCGGCUGCAGAUAUUGCCGGAUAUCUCACUAAUCCGAUAAAUGCAUUUCUGCUCACCAAGAGACUCACGACUGACUGGAAGGAGGUUGAGAAUGUGAUGCUAUUUGAUGUAGGAUCAAUCUACCUAGAGAAUGUGACAAACUACAGGAAUGUCCUCAAGUUCCCAACAGAUGAGGAUCUCAAUGGAGCAGCUGUAGCCCUCAUGAGACUUCAGGAUACUUACAAAUUGGACACGGCCAGUGUAGCUCGUGGAGAACUGAAUGGGAUUCAGUAUGCAACGGAAAUGUCCGUUGGUGAUUGCUUUGAACUAGGUCGUCAAUCCUACAUCAAUGGAGACUUCUAUCACACGGUCCUGUGGAUGCGGGAAGCCAUGGAUCGUCUGCUGAGGAGUGAAAACGGCACAACGACCACAAAGGCUGACAUUUUGGAGUACUUGGCCUUCUCCACGUACAAACAAGGUAACGUUGACUCAGCCCUCACUAUGACGAAUGAAUUGCUGGAGCUGAAACCAGACCACGAGAGGGCAAUUGGCAAUAAGCAGUACUAUGAGAAGGAGCUGGCAUUGCAGAAAAUGGAUCGCAAACUUCGUGGUGAUGAUGGUUCUAAAGAUCUCGACAUGGAUUUUGAGCAAGUUCGCAGUGUAAGUGAUCCGUCGAAAUUUGAUCUUCCGGAGAGGCGGCUCUAUGAAAUGCUCUGCCGGGGUGAUAUUAAACCAUCACCUUUGGAAUUGGCACCAUUGAGGUGUCGCUAUGCAACGAAUAACAGUCCUUUCCUGAAAAUUGCUCCACUGAAAUUGGAGGAAGCCAGUCUGACGCCCUACAUCGUCAUUUACCAUGAUGUCAUGUCUGAUGAGGAAAUUGAAGUUGUGAAGAAGCUGUCUAAACCGAGGUUUCGCCGAGCUACAGUUCAAAAUCAAAAGACAGGUGAAUUGGAGAUUGCUCACUAUCGGAUUAGCAAAUCAGCGUGGCUUAAAGACGAGGAUCAUGAAUUUGUGAAGCGCAUUGGGCGAAGAGUUGCUGACAUGAGCGGAUUGAGUGUGGAGACAGCCGAAGAGCUGCAGGUCGUAAAUUAUGGCAUUGGGGGUCACUAUGAGCCACACUUUGACUUUGCUCGGAAGGAAGAGACAAACGCAUUUAAGAGCCUGGGUACGGGAAAUCGCAUUGCAACAGUAUUAUUUUAUAUGAGCGAUGUCUCCCAAGGAGGGGCAACGGUUUUCCCAUCAAUUAGGACAGCUCUGUGGCCCAAGAAGGGAACUGCGGCCUUCUGGUUUAAUCUCUUUACAUCUGGCGAAGGUGAUUACCAGACCCGUCAUGCUGCUUGUCCUGUUUUGGCGGGAACUAAGUGGGUGUGUAACAAAUGGCUCCAUGAGAGAGGACAGGAAUUCCUCCGACCCUGCAAACUCCAACCAGAUCAUCCACCGAUGUGUUAAAUGUUCCAACACCCCCACAUCGCCAAUUCUAUUUUUGACUGGUUUUAGGAUGAAGUGUAAAUAUCCUUUUAGAAGAUGUGUGGAAAAAAAAUAGGCGCGAAAUCUAAUAAUAGGAGAGAAUGAACAGUGACUCGCUAAAUCAAUUUUACCAAAAAGUUUAGUCAUAUGAAUCUAUUUUAUCCAGUCUUUCCUGUACCAGAGGAAAUUCCUCGAAAUUCGAAUUAGCGUCAAAAUCGGACUAACUUUUGCAAUUUCUGCGUGAAAAUUGGGCGAUUUCAUAAAUUAUAUAUCUUCUCGAACAAUGUCUAAAUGUACAAAAAAAAGUGUUUUCUUUUGUAAUAAAACAAAUUUGCUGAA